AUGAUUUUCAAAAAAUUACAAGCUUUAAAGCCGUUCACAAAAGUUCUACUAGUAGGGACUGGUACAGGAGCUGGAUACACUGCACACACUGUAGAUUCCCCUGAAGAUCUGAGGCAACUGGGAAUAUUUCGAUUUGGAAGAGCUGCAAAGACAGUGGGAAAAAUUGUUGUAGACUACAAAACCUCUUUGAGAGGACUUCCUGCACCAUCAGAAGGAUACGAUGAUGCAAUACAAAAGUGUCACCAGAGAAGCGCUGAACGUCUUCUGGAACUAGCAUGUGCAAAUGGUGGAGUAUUCAUUAAGGUUGGACAGCAUAUUUCUGGAAUGGAAUAUCUGAUACCACCCGAGUACACACAAACACUGAGUGUUCUGACUUCUCAAGCUCCACAAGCGUCUAAGGAAGAUGUCGUUUAUGUGGUAGAAACCGAAUUGAACGCCAAAGUAGACGACAUCUUCUCGGAAUUCUCGGAUAAACCAGUUGGUGCUGCCAGUCUGGCCCAAGUUCACAUAGCCAAGCUGAAAACAACAGGAGAAACAGUCGCAGUAAAAGUUCAACACAAACGAGUUUACAAAAACAGUAGGACGGAUGUCAAUACGAUGGAACUACUUGUCAGUGUUGCCGAUGCAGUGUUUCCCGAAUUUCGACUUAUGUGGCUUGUAGAUGAAAUAAAAAAGAAUCUUCCGAAUGAAUUGGAUUUUCUACAUGAAGCAAAAAAUGCAGAUGAAGCGGCAAGACGAUUUAAGCAUCUCAAGUUUUUACGAAUUCCAAAAAUCAAUUACGAUCUGACCACAAAGCGAGUGCUCACAAUGGAAUUUUGUGAAGGAGCUCAUGUAGAUGAUGUCGAGUAUCUUAAAAAGCAUAAAAUUGAUCCUCACGAUGUCUGCGUUAAAAUAGGAAGAACGAUUUCUGAAAUGAUCUUCCUACAAGGAUACUUGCAUUCUGAUCCACAUCCAGGAAAUGUUCUCAUCAACAGCAAGGGAAAUGGAAAUUAUGAGAUUAUUUUUUUGGAUCAUGGUUUAUACUUGAAUAUCAGUGAUCAUAUCAGGAGACUCUAUUCCGAUUUGUGGCUGGCUAUUCUUAAACCAGAUCUCCAAGAGAUUCGUAAAGUCGCUAGCCAAAUGGGAGUCGGAGAGCUGUAUGGUCUAUUCGCAUGCAUGGUUACUCGUCGUUCUUGGAAAUCAGUAACAGGAGGAAUCGGAAAAUCGAAAAUGAAUGAGAGCGAAAAAGACGAGCUUCGAAUGUAUGCGUCCUCUUUAAUACCACAAAUCAGUGAAGUCUUGGCUCGAAUGCCGAGGGAAAUGCUUUUGAUUUUGAAGACCAACGAUUUGAUGCGAAAUAUUGAGCAUAAAUUAGGAGUUUUCGGAUCAAGUGACUGUCAUUUAGAAAUGUCCAGAUGCGUCAUUCGAAGCUCCCAUCAACUUGCGAUCCGACGAACCGACAGUCGUCUUCAAAAGCUUCGAAUCGGUUUCAAGAUGUAUUGGUCUCUAUUUAAGAUCUUCGUAUAUCAAUACUAUCUUCGUUUUGUUAACUCUAGUUCGUUGUAG